CUGUGUCUCUAUCUCCCGCCAUGAAUACACUCUCUUCUCUCUUUAUCCCCUCCCAAAUCGUCCUUCAUUUUCAAAACCCUAAUUAUAAUACUAAUAAUAACACUUUCUAUUUCAAAUUCACAAAUUUAAAACCUUUACAUUUCCUAAAUAAUCGGAACCGCCAAUUUCAAAUCAGCUACAAGCUAAACAAGUCAGAUUCGGGAGCUGGCAAUACGUCGUCGUCUCAGGUAUCGUCGGAUACUGAUUACGAAGACGAAGAUGAGGAUGAAGAUGAUGAAGAAGAAGUGGCGGAGGAGUAUGAAACAGUUUCUGUUGAUGGUGGUGAAUUUAGCGACGGAAUUGAUGAAGAAGAAGAAGAAGAUUAUAAUGAUGGAAAUGUGGUAUUGGGUGAAGAAAGUAAGUCGAAAUUCGAAGAGUUUAAGUGGCAAAGGAUAGAGAGGAUAAGGAAAGAUGUCAGAGAGUUUGGUGAUGGGAUUAUUGAUGUUGAUGAACUUUCUUCUGUUUAUAACUUUCGAAUCGAUAAAUUUCAGCGGUCAGCAAUUCAAGCUUUUCUGAGAGGUUCUUCUGUAGUAGUUUCUGCGCCUACAAGUGCAGGUAAAACUUUGAUUGCUGAAGCUGCAGCUGUUGCUACUGUAGCUAGAGGAAGGAGACUGUUCUAUACCACUCCUCUUAAGGCAUUGUCUAAUCAGAAAUUCCGAGAGUUUUGUGAUGCUUUUGGAGAAGACAAUGUUGGUCUUCUCACCGGAGAUUCUGCCGUCAAUAGAGAUGCUCAGGUUCUAAUCAUGACCACUGAGAUUCUCCGAAACAUGUUAUAUCAGAGUGUUGGAACAAUGUCAUCAGAAAGUGGACUUUUCCAUGUUGAUGUGAUUGUUUUAGAUGAAGUACAUUAUCUUAGUGACAUAUCUCGGGGUACUGUCUGGGAAGAGAUUGUCAUUUAUUGUCCAAAAGAAGUUCAACUAAUAUGCUUGUCAGCAACAGUAGCAAACCCAGAUGAGUUAUGUGGUUGGAUCAAUCAGAUUCAUGGCAAAACAGAGCUGGUAACAUCGACAAAACGUCCAGUUCCUUUGACAUGGCAUCUUUCUACCAGAACAGCUUUGCUUCCCCUUCUCAAUGAGACAGGAACCAGCAUGAAUAGGAAGCUAUCAACCAACUAUCUGCAACUUAAUUCUAUGGGAGCCAAGUCAUAUGAGGACGAGAGGCCUAGAAGAAGAAACUCAAGAAAGCUUGAGAGUGAUACAUUGUCUCCAUCAAAGAAUGACAGAAACAACAUUAAACGAUCACAAGUUCCUCAAGUUAUAGAUACUGUAUGGCAACUCAAGACAAGGGACAUGCUGCCCGCAGUUUGGUUCAUUUUUAGUAGAAAAGGAUGUGAUGUGGCAGUUCAAUAUAUCGAAGACUGCAAACUAUUAGAUGAGUGUGAGAUGAGUGAAAUUGAUCUGGCAUUGAAAAGGUUUCGAAUUAAGUAUCCUGAUGCUGUUAGGGAAUCAGCUGUAAAAGGGAUACUCCGAGGGGUUGCAGCUCACCAUGCUGGUUGUUUACCGCUUUGGAAAUCUUUCAUAGAAGAGUUGUUUCAAAGAGGACUUGUUAAAGUUGUUUUUGCUACUGAAACACUUGCUGCUGGAAUCAACAUGCCUGCACGGACAGCUGUGAUUUCGUCACUUAGCAAGAGGAGUGAAAGUGGACGCAUUAACUUAACUACAAAUGAGCUGCUUCAAAUGGCUGGCCGGGCUGGACGUAGAGGCAUAGAUAAAAAGGGUCAUGCUGUUGUUGUUCAAAAUCCUUAUGAAGGUGCUGAAGAAUGUUGCAAAAUUCUUUUUUCUGGGUUACAACCCCUAGUUUCACAAUUUACUGCAUCAUAUGGGAUGGUUCUGAAUCUUCUUGCGGGUGCAAAAGUUAGACUUAAUGAAGGAGAUAGUAUGGAAGUAUCUCGAGCUGGACGUACCCUAGAAGAAGCAAGGAAAUUGGUUGAACAAAGUUUUGGCAAUUAUGUAGGGAGUAAUGUGAUGAUUGCUGCACAAGAGGAGCUUAACAAUAUACAAAAUGAGAUUAAAGUUUUGACUUUUGAAAUUAGUGAUGAAGCGAUUGACAUAAAGAGCAAAAAUAUAUUAUCAAAAUCGGCAUACAAAGAAAUGGCAGAUUUGCAGGAAGAACUAAGAGCAGAAAAACGUAUUCGAACAGAGCUGCGUAGAAGAAUGGAAAUGGAGAGGAUGUCUUCCUUGAGACCAUUGUUGCAAAACUUGGAAGAUGGGCAUUUACCUUUUAUGUGCUUGCAGUAUCAUGAUAGUGCUGGAGUUAAACAUUUAGUCCCUGCUGUAUAUAUGAGUGAUGUUGAUUCCAUGAAUGGUUCCAAAUUAAAAAAUAUGGUUACUGAAAAUGAUUCUUUUGCUCUUAAAGUAACUUUGGAAGGUGAUGACAGCAACCUAGCAAGCCAACUUUAUACAAAACCAUGUUACUACGUGGCUCUUGGUUCAGAUAACACUUGGUAUCUUUUCACUGAGAGGUGUAUCAAGACAGUGUACAGAACAGGUUUUCCUAAUGUUGCUUUGACUAAGGGUGACGCUUUACCUCGAGAAAUAAUGACUGUUCUUCUUGAAAAGGAGGAAAUGCAGUGGCAGAAGCUUAGUCAAUCUGAACUUGGAGGUAUAUGGUCCAUGGAAGGGUCUCUAGAAACAUGGUCCUGGAGUUUGAAUGUGCCAGUUUUAAGUAGUCUUCCUGAGGAUAAUGAGGUUGUGCAAUAUUCACAGGCGUACUAUGAUGCAGUAGAAUCUUACAAGAAUCAACGGAAUAAAGUUUCUCAUUUGAAGAAAAAAAUAGCCAGGACAGAAGGCUUCAAAGAAUAUAAAAAGAUAGUGGAUGUGGCUAGGUUCACUGAAGAAAAGAUCCGGCGCCUGAAAGCUAGGUCAAGUCGUUUGAUGACUCGUUUAGAGCAGAUUGAACCAUCUGGCUGGAAGGAGUUUCUGCAGGUGAGCAGUGUGAUACAUGAAAUAAGGGCAUUGGAUAUCAAUACACAUGUGAUAUUUCCUCUUGGUGAAACCGCUGCUGCUCUUCGAGGGGAGAACGAGCUGUGGAUUGCAAUGGUUCUUCGAAAUAAAGUUUUACUAGAUCUUAAACCUCCACAGUUAGCUGCUGUUUGUGGAAGCAUUGUUUCUGAAGGAAUCAAGGUCAGACCUUCCAAAAAUAACAGUUAUAUAUAUGAACCUUCUACCACUGUCUUAGAAGUCAUCAACUUUUUGGAUGACCAAAGAAGAUCUCUUUUACAACUUCAAGAAAAGCAUGAUGUGAAGAUACCUUGCUGUUUGGAUAGCCAGUUUUCUGGCAUGGUGGAAGCCUGGGCUUCUGGUUUGACAUGGCGGGAAAUAAUGAUGGAUUGUGCAAUGGAUGAAGGAGAUUUAGCACGCCUGUUACGAAGAACGUUAGAUAUUUUAGCACAGAUUCCUAAGUUGCCUGAUAUUGACCCUCAAUUACAAAGAAACGCAACAGCUGCAUUCAAUGUGAUGGAUCGUCCACCGAUAAGUGAACUUGCAGGAUGAAAUUUAUGCUUUUAACUCAGUUCGGAAUCAUCGUAUUAGUAAGCGUAUGUGAUGGAUCUAAAUAUAUAUUACCACAUGGAAUCAGUGGUUAGUGGAUGCUCUGGGCCUCCGGCGAUAAACUGAAGUACUUGAAUCCGGAGCUGCUGAAUUAAUUACAGGAGGAAGCACAAGAAAGAAGCUUCAGAGUGAGAGAAGGAUAAACCAAAACUUCGAAGAGGAGCUUUGAGACAAAAAUGGCAGGUGAUUGUAGCAUCUGUAAUUAAAUGUGUAUCAUAUAGACUUAUCGUGGUCCGUAAUCCAUUGCAUUAUGAAAUGAAAUUCAUUAAACCUUGCGCUUCUCAAAUAAAUUCGUUGAUCUAUAUUUUGUUUUAUACAAAGCUCAGUUUUUUCCGGUUUCA